AAUAUCACAUGUUAAGUGAUUCCCCUGUUUUUUUUUUUUUCCUCUUCCUUUCUUUUACUCUUUUUUCGUAUCAACUACAGAUUAGUAUAAUCCCAAACUCAGCGAGUCAACCAAAGCAAAUCCCUUCUCUAUAUAAGAGCUACAAAGCAAUGCUACUUUUCGCCAAGAUUCCUCUUCCAUAUAUCCAUACUUGUAGGAAAACCUAGCUAAGACCUAACUUCCUAUUCCUGUCUUUGCUUCGUAGAUAGAAAGCAUCGCUAUUAACUUAUCGACUUGGCUGGUCAAAGAUGGAGCCACAAAAAAGAGUAGAAACAAUAGAAGUUGAUGAAGAAAAAUGGGUUUAUGAUUCUUCUGUGGAUCAUAAAGGAAGGGUUCCUCUGCGAGCUUACACUGGUGUUUGGAAAGCUUCGCUGUUUAUCAUAGCAAUUGAAUUCAGUGAAAGGUUGAGUUACUAUGGAAUAGCAAGCAGCUUAAUCAUUUACCUGACAACAGUGAUUCAUCAAGACCUCAAGACUGCUGCUAAGAACGUAAACUUUUGGUCUGGAGUGACUACUUUGACGCCUUUAUUUGGAGGAUUUGUUGCUGAUGCUUACUUGAGCCGAUUCUCCAUGGUUUUAGUUUCAUCUAUCAUCUAUAUUCUGGGUUUGAUUCUUUUAACAAUGUCCCAGUUUCUUACAAGUUUAAAGGCUUGCGAAGAAGCUAUGUGCCACGAGUCCAGGAAGGUUCAUGAAAUGGUUUUCUUCCUUGCCAUGUAUUUAAUCUCCCUAGGAACUGGAGGGCAUAGGCCUUCCUUGGAGAGCUUUGGAGCUGAUCAAUUCGACGAUGAUCACUGUGAAGAAAGAAAGAAAAAGAUGUCAUAUUUCAACUGGUGGAAUUUUGGCCUUUGUUCUGGACUCCUCCUUGGUGUAACUCUGAUUGUUUACGCUCAAGACCAUGUGAGCUGGGGUGUUGCAGAUAUUAUUCUGACAAUAGUUAUGGCUCUAUCACUAGUUAUACUCAUUAUUGGAAGGCCAUUUUACCGAUAUCGGGCACCAUCAGGCAGCCCCUUAACGCCAAUGUUGCAGGUUCUUGUAGCUGCUACAAGAAAAAGAAAUCUGCCACAUCCUUCAAAUCCUGCUGAAUUAUAUCAAGUCUCCAACAUGGACCAUGGGAGGCUUCUCUGCCAUACCAAGAAGCUCAAGUUUCUUGACAAAGCUUCUAUUCUGGAAGGCACAGAAAAUUCUGCUGAGAAGCAAAGUCCUUGGAGACUUGCAACCGUGACAAAGGUUGAGGAAAUGAAGCUUAUUCUCAAUAUGAUCCCAAUAUGGCUAGCCACCCUACCAUUUGGAAUUUGUGCAGCACAAGCCUCCACAUUCUUCAUCAAGCAAGGCCUCGCGUUGAACCGAAAGAUUGGAAAUGGUUUUGAGAUUCCUCCAGCCUCCAUUUACUCACUUGGUGCCAUUGGAAUGAUAAUCUCCGUCACAAUUUAUGAGAAGAUCCUAGUUACAAUACUAAGAAGAAAAACAGGAAAUGAGCGAGGAAUCAAAAUCCUCCAAAGAAUUGGUAUUGGAAUGGUUUUCUCAAUUGCUACAAUGAUAGUUGCAGCCUUGGUUGAGAGAAAGAGACUAAGGGUUGCUGAGAAGGAUCCACCGAAGGGGUCACUUUCAAUGAGCGUGUUCUGGUUGGCUCCGCAAUUUCUCAUCAUAGGCAUUGGAAAUGGAUUUACGCUAGUGGGGUUGCAAGAGUACUUCUAUGACCAAGUUCCUGAUUCAAUGAGGAGUUUAGGAAUUGCCUUCUACCUUAGUGUGACUGGAGUUGCAAACUUCCUUAGUAGUCUCCUGAUAACAGUGUUGGAUCAUGUCACAGAGGAAUAUGGGAAGAGUUGGUUUGGAAAGGACUUGAAUAGUAGCCGCUUAGACAACUUUUAUUGGCUUUUAGCAGCCAUGGCUGCAGCUAAUUUGUUCGUCUUUGUGUUCUUGGCUCGGCAAUAUUUGUACAAAAAUGUGCAGAGGAAUGUCGUUGCGGGCCUUGUGGCUGCUUGCCCAAAAAAUAAUAAUAAUAAUAAUAAUAAGGGUGAUUUAAUGGCUUGAAAUGCAUGUUAAGAGAAGAUAUUGUUGUUAGUAGUAUACUCUAGAGCAUAUCCAAUAAUUUGUGUCUUGUAAAUAUUAAUUCUUCUUUAAUAGUAAAUAUCUUUUCU